GAGGGAGGAAGGGGGCGGCGGCCCAAGCCCGAGCCGGAGACGGAGACGGAGCCGGAGAACAGAAGGCGGCGGCGGCGGCGGUGGAGGAGGAGUAGACCAUGGCGGCGGCAGCGGCGGCGCAGCCCCAGCUGCAGACUUUGACUCUCUCAGGAAGCGCUUGAGUGGACUGCGUUGUCAGAAUCUUAAGAAUGAUUAACCCCCACUUAGGCUGAAGUCAUCUUCGCUGAGUCAAAACACCUCCCUUGGACUCAUUGAUGGAGUUGUAACCUCCCUCAUUUGGGCCUUCUGUGAACCUCUUCUCUUCCCCUUCAAUUUCCUUCAUCCCUAACCAUUUCUGAUGAACAUCCCUGAGACCCUGAGCCUUCCCGGCAUGGCGAGCCCAGCCCUCAGCCCUGAUUCCUCUUCCCAUGAGGCCCUUUCAGGCCCUGCCUGUUCCCCCACCUCAGAUUCUGAGAACCUCAGCCCAGAUGAACUGGAGUUGUUGGCAAAACUGGAGGAACAAAAUCGGCUUCUGGAGGCUGACUCCAAGUCUAUGCGCUCCAUGAAUGGCUCCCGGCGAAACAGUGGCUCUUCCUUGGUCUCCAGUUCCUCAGCCUCUUCCAACCUCAGUCACCUGGAGGAGGACACUUGGAUUCUUUGGGGCCGUAUUGUUAAUGAGUGGGAAGAGUGGCGUCGCAAAAAAGAAAAACUGCUCAAGGAGCUGAUCCGGAAAGGCAUUCCUCACCACUUCCGUGCCAUUGUGUGGCAGCUUCUCUGCAGUGCCACAGACAUGCCGGUGAAGAACCAGUACUCAGAACUGCUCAAAAUGUCAUCUCCCUGUGAGAAACUAAUCCGGCGAGACAUUGCACGGACCUACCCUGAGCAUGAGUUCUUCAAGGGGCAGGACAGUCUGGGCCAGGAGGUGCUCUUCAACGUCAUGAAGGCUUAUUCCCUGGUGGACAGAGAGGUGGGCUACUGUCAGGGCAGCGCCUUCAUCGUUGGCCUGCUUCUAAUGCAGAUGCCUGAGGAGGAGGCAUUCUGUGUAUUCGUGCGGUUAAUGCAGGAAUAUCGUCUACGGGAACUUUUUAAGCCCAGCAUGGCUGAGCUGGGGCUCUGUAUAUACCAGUUUGAGUACAUGUUACAGGAGCAGCUUCCAGACUUGAACAUCCACUUUCGAUCCCAGAGCUUCCAUACCUCCAUGUAUGCCUCAUCCUGGUUCCUCACCCUCUUCCUCACCACCUUCCCCUUGCCAAUUGCCACUCGAGUCUUCGACAUCUUUAUGUAUGAGGGACUAGAAAUUGUGUUUCGGGUGGGUUUGGCCCUGCUGCAGGUAAACCAGAUGGAGCUGAUGCAACUGGACAUGGAGGGCAUGUCACAAUACUUCCAAAAGGUGAUACCCCAUCAGUUUGAUAGCUGUCCUGACAAGCUGAUUCUCAAGGCCUACCAGGUCAAGUACAAUCCCAAGAAGAUGAAAAGGUUGGAGAAGGAAUAUGCUGCCAUCAAAAACAAAGAGAUGGAGGAGCAGAUAGAGAUAAAAAGGCUACGAACAGAGAACCGGCUCCUGAAGCAGCGGAUUGAGACGCUAGAGAAGGAGAGCGCUGCUCUGGCUGAUAGGUUAAUCCAGGGGCAGGUCACUCGAGCCCAGGAGGCCGAGGAGAACUAUGUCAUCAAAAGGGAGUUAGCCGUGGUGAAACAACAGUGCAGCUCAGCCACUGAGAACCUCCAAAAGGCUCAGAGCACCAUCCGGCAGCUGCAGGAGCAGCAGGAUAACCCUCGCCUAACAGAAGAGUUUGUGGCCCAUCUGGAGACAGAACUGGAGCAAUCUCGAAUGCGUGAGACAGAGACCCUUAGUGCCCUUCGAGAGAUGCAGGACAAAGUGCUGGACAUGGAGAAGAGGAACAACUCACUUCCUGACGAGAACAACGUGGCCCGGCUACAGGAGGAACUUAAAGGUCUAAAACUUCGGGAGAGUGAGGCUGUGGCCUCCCUUCGGGAGCUGAAACUACAGGUUCAGGAGCUCACAGACAGCUGGCAGGCCCACCUCUCCCGGGGAGGGAGAUGGAAGGAGUCUCCCCGGAAACUGGCCCUUAGUGACCUGCAGGAUGAACUAAUGACUGUCCGGCUGCGAGAGGCCCAUGCUCUGGCUGAAGGGAGGGAACUGCGGCAACGAGUGGUGGAGCUAGAGACGCAGGACCAGAUCCACCGAAACUUGCUGAACCGUGUAGAGGCAGAGAGUGCAGGCCUGCAGGAAAAGGUCCAUUACCUGGUGGCUCAGAACAAGGGCCUGCAGACCCAGCUGAGUGAGAGCAAACGCAAGCAUGCUGAGGCUGAGUGUAAGAGCAAGGAGGAGGUGAUGGCAGUCAGGCUCCGGGAGGCAGACAGCAUGGCUGCUGUAGCCGAGAUGAGGCAGCGAAUCGCAGAGCUGGAGAUUCAGAGAGAAGAGGGUAUGAUCCAGGGGCAGCUCAACCAUUCAGACUCCUCCCAGUACAUCCGUGAGCUCAAGGAUCAGAUUGACGAACUCAAGGCCGAGGUUCGGCUACUGAAGGGCCCACCCCCGUUUGAGGACCCCCUGACAUUUGACAGUCUCCAUUUGGUGCGUCAUUUGGAUGAGGACUCACUGCCCUCCUCCGAUGAGGAGCUCCUGGGUGUGGGCGUAGGAGUGGGGGCAGCCCUACAGGAUGCCCUAUAUCCUCUGUCCCCCCGAGAUGCCCGCUUCUUCCGACGACUGGACCGUCCAGCCAAGGACAGUGAGGGCAGCACGGACAGUGAGGCUGAUGAGCUGGCCCCUUCCUAUGACCAGAGCCUGGGUAACUGAGAAAUGACUGCCUCCCUGGCCCGCCCCACCUGGGGCCCAGACCUCUCACGUCCGGGGAAGGGGGGGGGUAGGAGGGCAGGCUCCCCCCAACCUCCAUUCAGCAUUCUUCCUGGAGGGAUGAGGGGGAGUGGGGCACGUCUUGGUGUGCCUAGCCCCUCCACAGACAGCCGAGUGCGUCAGAACAUCUACCUUGAGUGUUGUCUACACUGCCCUCUCCCAAGGGCACUUGUGAUUCACUGUAUUUAAACUCAACUCCAUUCUGUGACUCCCUUCCCAUCUCCCACCACUCUCCUUCCUUUCAGGGGUUCUCUAGGGCAGGGACUGGGAGACAGGAGGAUGCUAGAACUCCAGGAGUCACAGGCUCCGCUCUCCCUUGGAACACUUCUGUGGUCUCUAAGUUUCUGAUUGUUCCCAGUGUUAUUUAUUUAUCUACAAGAGGGUUGUUGUGUCCUCCUCCCCCACCCCUGACUGCCCAGGACCAGAAAGCACUGCCGUUCCCUCCCGAGAGAGCAGCACAGGCAUUGGGGUGAGGAGGGGCAUAGAGGACCAAUGAUCAGAACUGGCCUUCUCUGCGGCUACUGCUCUCAUCUCUGCCUCCAUUCCCAGGAUUGGGCUGUCUGUCUUGUCCAGGGACUUGAGAGCUAAGGACAGACACACAGACCUUCCUGCCCCACCACAUCCUUGGAGGUGCUUCAGAUUCACCAAGCCUCUGCCGGCAAUUUCUGUACCUCCACAUUUGGGGGUCGAAGGGGGAGCAGGGCAGGGGAGGGGAGAUUCAGCCAUUAGCAGACCUGACAAGGGAAACAAGAACCAGGAGCAAAAGAUUCCCUCCUGAGAAAAAGAGGCCGGCUCAUGGCAGAUGGGUCCCGACCACAGGCUGCCAGAGCCUUAGCCUAGUGUUGAAGCAAGGCUGGGAUUCUCUUUCCUGUGACAUAAAGACCACCAGCCGCCCCUGAGCUAUAGCCUCCUCCUUGGGUCCAGUUCCCCGCUCACCUCAGGCUGACAAAAGAGGCUGGAUCCCGGCCUUGAAGACGUAGGCUGUCCGAGCCACCCCACUUUGUCUGUUUGCUGGGCCUUUUGUAGCCUUGGCAUAUCCAUGCCAUCAGUGACUCACUCUUCCCUUUCCAGGCCAGCCUCUUGUAGCCCCUGAGGUGGAGGGACUGGCCCUGGAAUAGGAGAUGUGGCUGAGGCGGUCCCUGUAUGUUUGGGCAUCGUGCCUUCCAUUAGCAGCUGCCCCUUCCUCCCUGUGCCAGUUCCAUCUUCUCACCAUAUCGUUUCUCCUCCACUACUCCCUUCUUGCUAUCAGCCAAGCCAGUACUUGGGUCAGUGCCCCUGGAGGACCAGGCCCUUUUUCUGCUAAAACCAAAGUCAUCCCACUCUGGGGAGCAAAUAUCUAAGAGAAUGUCUCGAAGCAUCUGCUAAUCCCGAGCAGCUCACCCACCCACCCACCUGCCACUGGUCCCAGCCACAGUUAAGGAAGCUCUGUGCCCAGGGCCACGGGUGGGAAGAAGGACUCCUCACUCGGCUCCUGAGCCACUCCGAGAGCUAGUGAAGAGGGGCCUCUGACCAUCACAGUCCCGACCAUGGAGCCCCCUGCUCAUCCCCCCACGCAGCAGUCCUCUUCCCCGACACUCAGCACUUUGCUUUCUAAGAGUUUCCUGGUGUCUCUUUUCUUUGCCAACAUUAAAGGUGCUGCCGAGCUUCCUCCCAGCCAGAUGGGGACCAGACCCUAGGAGGAAAGGCUGGAGGGGAGGAAGAAGGAGGGGUGUCACUUGAGUGUCUUAUCCCAUUUGUCUCUCCCCGCAGAAGAGUCAGUCAGUAUUCAGCACCCAUCUGUGCCACUCUAGACCCUCCACUUCCACUCCAAGCCAGCAGAAGCCACCUAGGAGGGGAAAGAAUUUGGGCAAAGAGGAGAACUAUUUCCCUGGUAGGCCCUGCCCUAGGAACCUGCUUGUAGAAUUUGUGCCUGUGGUCACAGAAGGAAGGAGUGCCACAUUCCCUGGGGAACAAGACUUCUGGUCUUCCAUUUCAUGCCUGACUCCUCCCCCUCGGGCUCUGUCUGCUGAGUUUGAGAACUUAGGUGCCAAAAUCCAUGAAGUGUCUACUUAAGCUGCUCUGGGGGCACACUCCCCUCCAAACACACACUACGCCCUAAGGUUACUCCUCUCCCCAUCCUUGCGGGAGCAUCUGCGCUAACUUUCAUUCUUCACAUCCUGUAUUCUUCUCCUCCCCAGAUCACUGAGGGCUCAUGGCUCCAAGACAGCCCACCACAUUGGUGCUCCCAAAGCUAUCUCCUGACACCUGCCCCCAUUGCCCCUGCCUCUUAGCUGAUAUCAGAAGCAAAUAGUCUGAUCUGUACUUAAUAGGAAAGCCCCUGUGGGGCAGGUUUCCCACUCUCUCUACUCCAUCCCUUUUCUCUCACACACACAACAUUACCUCCCAUUGGCUCUGUCCUCUGUGCUGAGACCAGAAGGAGUUGAGGGUGACUGGUACUCUGCAGGUGUCUGGCCUGCUCGGCAGUGUCCUGUCAGGUGUCAGUGUAUGGCCUCCACCUUUUCCCCUCUGCCCACCACCAUCCUCACACUGCCUGUACAAACCCAUGUGUCUCCACACAAGGUUGGAAAGAUGAAUAAUAAAGCAUAUUUACAUGGUCUUAGAAUUGGUGGG